CAUGCACACUUUAUGUGAAAUACGCAGUUACAGCAGACGUGUAAAAUAAAUAAAGAUUUUGAGAAAAGUAACAACGCAUAGUUAUAAUGAUGUUAAUUUUGUUCAUUCUUUUACCUGCUUUGGCACACAGUCAACAAAUAUUUGGCGGAAGAUGCUCCGACUUUACCAACACUUCUAAACGAAAUUUUGAUAUUGAUAAGUAUUCUGGGAGGUGGUUCGAGAUUUACAGAUACAAUAACGUAAUGCAAAUGAAUGCUGAUUGCACUGUCGUAGAUGUAUCAAAAAUAGACAAUAAUUCAUUUAAUCCGGACAUGACACUUAAAUUAUAUACUCCUAUGACAAUGCACACUAAAGCCCAUUUCAUUGAUCCCGUUAAGCGUGAUGGAAAAGUUAAAGUCAAAAUGCCUUAUACACCCGAACUUGAAUAUUGGAUUGUAGAUACCGAUUAUGAAACUUACACAAUCGAGUGGUGGUGUAUAGAUUUGCUAGAAACAAAUUUGCAGGUGGUGUGGGUAUUUGCGAGGAGACCGAAGAUAGAUGAAAAGACCGAGCGUAAAAUUCAAACCGUUUUGAAACAAAACAACCUUGGUAAAAGAAGGAUGAGGAAAAGUAGAAAUGAUCCAGAAAAUUGCAAAUGUAUUUACAAUGAUUGCUGAGAGUUUAAUAUUUUUCGGAAAUAAAUAUAUAUGAUAAAUGGAGAUAUAUGUUUAAGGUGUAUGUAGAUAGAAAAUAUAAUUUUUUGAUUGUGUUUAAAGUAAUUGUUAAGGAAAUGUUGGGUUUAUAUUUUUUUAUAUGUGUAAAACUUAGUAAUAAAAGCAUAUACAAAGUUGU